UGCAGAGCAUGACUUCCAUUGCAACACGGCACUUCCGACAUCACAUCGGACGAUGCGUCACUCGUUCUGUCGUGCAUAAGCGGCCACAACUUCGACAAUAUGCAGGCAUUCCUCCUUCGAAGUCCCGUAAAGGGUCGCCUCAAGGCAUAGGGGGUGUGUUUGAGCCUUUCCUCAAGCCUGUGAAUGGAUCCAACGCUGAGUCUGUGAACGAGCCUUCGCCAGAACAAAUAAAAACGUUGCGAGUUGAAGAUAUUCUUCCUAAAGAUGAACAACUCAAAAUGAUAAUCACUGGCGGUGGCAUUACCAUGCCUAUAGAAAAGCAAAAGGCCGUCGUUCAGACUAUAUUGGAUGCCAUACAGCAAGAUCAAUUGCCUUCAAUCACAUUUUCGUCCAUACUAGACCUUAGCGGAUCAAAUGCCUCCCAGCUGACGGCGUUAGGAAAUGUCGUCCUCCGAACUAGCAAUAAGGCUGCUCCAGUUGCAUUAUGCUUAUACGAAUGUGCCAUGGCUGCUGGUGAUGAUUCUGGUGCUUUCAGCUACGCCAAUAUGCUCUAUCGAGGUCACGGUGGAACAGUGAAGGACGUUGAGCGUGGAAUACAAAUUUUAACUGACUUGGCUCGAAAAGGACAUCCUUAUGCACAGAUGAAUCUGGCUGCCAUUGUGAUGCGUACCAAGAAGGACGGAGGAAAGACGGCAGUGCAGUUGUACGAAUUGGCAGGGCGAGGUGGUUUGGAUGUGGCGUGGACCGAGCUUGGUCGCAUGUACCGUGCUGGACUUGGAGUAGAGCAAGAUCAUAGCAAAGCAGUGGAAUACUUCCGCAAAGGUGCUCAGACAGGAAAUACACAAUGUAACUUCAUGCUUGGUGUAUAUGCGUCCACGCCUCAAGCUGACGGCGCAGCAGAUCAAGCAGCUGCUUUCAAAUACUUCCAAAAGGCCGCCAUCAAAGGUAUGCCAGAGGCUCAGUAUAAUGUCGGUCUGCGUUACUUUACGGGCAAUGGGGUUGAGCAAAAUUUUGUCAAUGCCGCCGAGUUCUACCAAAUGGCAGCGGCACAGGGGUUCCCACUUGCUCAGUCAAAUUUGGCGCGUAUGUAUUAUGAAGGUCGAGGUGUGAAGCCUAAUGUUGAAAAGGCAGAACAACUUUGGCAAACACUGGCAGACCGUGGCGGCCCUAUUGGUAAGGAUGCCGAAAAGUGUUUGCAGGAUCUUGCCAAUAGCCAAGGCAAUAGAAAAUCGGAUAGCGGUAAAUGUGCUAUCAUGUAGAAACCCCUGUAUACCAUAUAAACACUGCUUUUUUCAAACCAUAA